AUGACAGGCGGCCUGUAUUGCUUCGUCGGCAUCCUGGCUGAAAAGGCUACCAAGGAGUCGGCCGUGGCGUCUCCCGGCGAAAAUGGCGCCGACCACACGUCGCCGGUGCAGUGUAUCGAGCAAGACCCGGGCGAAAAGGCCAUGGAUGCCCUGCGCAACUGGCAGCCCUCGGUGCGCGGAGGUACUCCGGCCUCGGCCACGGUCACGGCCGGUUCAGUGGUGCCCGAGUCGCCGCCCUUCCGGCCCGGCGGCGGUGGAUGCGUGACCAGCUGCAUGCUCAUCGCCUGCCUUGCAUCGUGCGCGGCCGGCACCACGCUAGGCUACGCGUCCACGGCAGCGCAGUCCAUCGAGCUCGAGCCCUGGUACACGCUCGAGCGGCGGUCACCCGACAACCGCUGGUUCGCCGACCUGCUGCUACUGGUGGCGGCGCCCAGCUCACUCGGCACGGGAUUGCUACUGGAAGUUGUGGGAAACCGGUUGACGCUGCUGCUUGCCUGUUUUGGCCUGCUGGGCAGCUGGAUCACGCUGCUCUUCUGCUCCAACACGGUCUCGCUGUUCGUGGCACGCGUCAUGUCCGGCAUCUUCCUGGGCGCCCUGUCAUGCUCCGUUGGCAUGCACGUGGCUGACAUAUGCCCCAGCCCCAAGAGGGCCUUCUUCCUUGGACUCGUAGAGGCGACGCGGAACGCGGGCAUCCUGCUGGCCUACGUGCUGGGCUAUUGCUGUUCGUGGGAGGUGCAGGCCGGCCUGUGCGUACUGCCGCCUCUGGUGUUCAUGUUACUGCAGAGCCGUGUGAUGGACAGCCCGCAGUGGUUAAUGCGCAACGGCCGGCUCCGCGAUGCCCUGCCUGUGCUGCACCGCCUGUACGGACCGAGCGUGCCGCAAGAGUUCGCCGUCCGGGCACAGCGCGACAUCAGGAAUGCGUGGGACCGCGUGCCGGCAGCCACGGCAGCCAGGCGCCUCGCCCUGGGCGUGCUGGUGCAGCUGGUGCCGUGCCUGUCCUGCGCUCAGCUCUUCCUACUUCGGGCCGUCCAGGUCACGGAGGCGCUGAUAGCCGACAAGAAGGCGGCGCAGCUGGCGGCACUGUGGCUUCUCGGAGGUCACGUGGUCCUUACGGUUGCCUUCGCCUCGGUCACGUGGCUGGCGGGUCGGCGCCACCUGCUGCUUCUCUCCGCAGUCAUGACAGCCAUGUGCGUGACCGUAUUGCGUCCGCUCGACUACCUCGCAUUCAGCGCCUGGUCCUUGGAAGAGCCGCCCGCCGAGACCAACUGGUCUGGCGUGCAUGCGGUCGGCCUGCUGCUGGCCAGCUACUCCAUAGGGCUGUGCCACGUUCCCGCGCUGCUGGUUGCCGAGUUCCUGCCCGGUCGUGUUCGGACCAUGGGUGUGGCGGGUGCCUGGACGGGACGCUGGCUGCUGGCGUUUCUGUUUGUGCACUUGGAUGGUUGGUUGCUGGCGGCCGCUCGCUACGGCGGAUCGUUUCCAUUCUGCGCUGUGCUCGUGACCUCAGCCGUGGCUGUGUUCGCGCUGGCGCCGGAAACCGAGGGCCGGGCGCUAUUGGUCAUCCAGAAAUAG